GGCAUUUUGGAGCGGCUUGCGGAAGGUGUCGUGAUUGGAGAUGGAGGGUUCGUGUUUGCUUUGGAAAAGCGAGGCUACGUGAAAGCUGGUCCAUGGACUCCGGAAGCUACCUGCGAGAAUCCGGAAGCUGUGCGUCAGUUGCACCGAGAGUUCCUUCGAGCUGGUUCAGAUGUCAUGCAAGCAUUCACUUUCUAUGCUAGUGACACGAAACUGGAGAACAGAGGAAAUGAGGCUGGCCAGAAGUUCACGGAGGUGGCGGCCGAGGGCGACGCGCUGGUGGCGGGCGGCCUCAGCCAGACGCCCACCUACCUCAGCGCCUCCAGCAAGAGCGACGUGCAGAAGGACUUCCGCAACCAGAUCAAAGUCUUCGUCGAGAACAAGCUCGACUUCCUCAUUUGCGAGUACUUCGAGCACGUGGAGGAAAUUGAGAUAGCGAUAGGAGUGUGUAAGGAAACUGGGAAGCCCAUUGCUGCGACUAUGUGCAUUGGGCCCGAAGGCGAUUUGCACGGAGUAUCUGCGGGUGACUGCGCAGUACGAAUGGUCAAAGCAGGAGCCAACAUUGUUGGAGUGAACUGCCACUUUGACCCCUUCACUUCCCUGAAGACGAUCAAGUUGAUGAAGGAGGGCUUGGAGAAGGCUGGAUUGAAGGCGUAUUUGAUGUGCCAGCCACUCGCCUAUCACACCCCGGAUGCUGGGAAACAAGGAUUCAUAGAUUUACCCGAAUUUCCAUUCGGUCUUGAGCCCCGCGUCACUACAAGAUGGGAUAUUCAGCGCUUUGCUCGCGAGGCGUACGAACUGGGAGUGCGUUAUAUUGGAGGUUGUUGCGGAUUCGAGCCCUAUCACAUCAGGGCCAUUUCCGAGGAGCUGGAGAAAGAGCGCGGCAGGAAGGCGGUGGCCACGUCCAAGCACGACGCCUGGGGCGGCGGCCUCGUCAUGCACACCAAACCUUGGGUGCGAGCCAGGGCACGAAGAGAUUUCUGGGAGAAUCUGCAACCGGCAUCAGGUCGUCCGUUCAGCGCUGCUCUGUCGAAGCCUGACGACUGGGGCGUGACCGCCGGCAGCGACAUUCUUAAGCAGCAGGCUGCUGCAACCACCAAAGAAGAAAUCCAGAAACUUGUCAAUUUCAAAAAGUGAAAACUCCUUUGUAUGUUGAAGCUAAACUUAUUUUUGUGAGCAUCUUAUUUGAGCAUAAAAAUAUGCAAAGAAUGGUUUGUGCAACGAGAGAAUUUGUUUGUUAAUUGAAAAUACACGAAUGAAUGACGAAUGAAAUGUAUAAAUGUUUUAAAACCAGCUUCACUGAUAAAUUUUCCACUUGUAUUUUUCAUUUUUGUACUUUGAUAUUUUCGAAAUAAAUAUGUCUUGAUCAA